GAAGAAGGAGAAAGCCGAGUUAACCACUCACCCCUAGCUUCCUGCUGCGGAUUUUCACGUAGCCCUGCUUGACUAUGUCGUUAAAGUUGGAGGCCAUGGCCAGCGCGGUCGAGCUCCUCUGCUGGGCGAUCCGCUUCCCGGAGUCGACAACCGCUGUCCGCCGUCCGGACCACGCAGGUCUCGCAUCCAGCCGGCGGCCGCCAGCAGUCGCGCCGCCGCUGAUUUCUCCCCAGGCUCCUGCUGGCGCGGACCCGGGGUCGAUAGCUGGGCCGCCUCACAGGGAGACAGGGGAUCCGGGGCCCGGAACUGCUCAGCAGCACCAGCACCUCGCGACCCGUCGUCACCUUCGCCCCUGGCCACAAGCGGAGCACCGCGACCCGCGCCCGCCAGCUGUGCCCCCCCCCCCUCCGCGCCGCCGCCCCCGGCAGCACCCACAGGCUGGCGCCUCACUCGGCGGCUCACAGCUGGCCGGAGCGCACCAUCGCGGCUCCCCGGCGAGGAGGAGGGGGAGGGACGGCGGGGCGGGCCGUUGCGCCCGAUCGGCUCCCUCCCCCUUGCCCGCGGGGUGGCAGGGCUGGAGGAUGCUGGCAAGAUGCACUCCAUCACUCUCUUCUUGGGCAAGGAGCUCCGCCUGCCACCCGCGCCUAGGAUAUGGCUCCCACCGUAGCCCAGUGCUGGCACCACUCGCCCAGGCGUGGAUUCCUAAGGACAAGUUCUAGGCACACGUGGCCUUUCCCGGUCUUUGCCCUGUU